UUGAACUCCAAUUUGUCAUGUAUUUCGGUGACAUAAAAACGCCAAUAAUAUAAAUAAUGAAUUUGGAUUCAAUAGUGGAAUGCUUGAAUUCGAUAAGCCAUACUGGUCACGUAAUAUCCACCGAAGAACAGCUAAUUUUACACAACAGCCUUCUGAUACUACAGAACGAAAAUCAUUUUCGAAAUGUUUUCUUUUGGGGUAAAAUAUUGGGCGCAGAGAAAGACUAUUACGUUGCUUAUGGAUACGUGAAAGACGCGUUGGUAGGCCGAAUAUACUACUACAGUAGGAACUGUGUUAAUUGGGGAUUAUUACCACGACCUACAAAGGAUGGUUUGUUACUGACACCUUUGUGCACUUCCAAAUUUCAAGGAGAUCCGGCUCUGCUUACAGAAGUUUUAAUAGAAAAGGACGAGACAUCUUUAGGAGAGAAAUUUAGGACUCCCCAAAUUCGAAAAUUGAAAGAAGAGGAUCGACUGUCUUCUUUGGUCACGAUUUUAACCAACGAAGCCACCGUCAUACCUCGAGGCGCAUUGUUUAGGCGACCUGAUGGAGUGGUAGUGGAAAAUUUGUCAUUCGAAGGACUCAGUAUUAUCGAAUCUCGAGAAAUAGCCUCAUUUUUACAUUAUAGGCAACCUACACAAAAGUACAACACCAAUUUACUGGCCAGAGAUGAUUAUAACCAUGCUAUGGAUUUUUUAGACCCACUGGACAUUGACAUACCAGAAGGUUGCUGGAGUUUACAGUUGACCUCUGGGAAUAGUAUUGUCAUUCUUCAGUCCUUGUAUUGGCCAGGUUUCGUCUUUUAUCACUAUAUGAAAACGCCCAAAUAUGGUUAUGUUUAUAUUGGACAUGGUAAAAGAUGUAUUGACAUCCCUUUUAUGAUAAGUCCAUUUAUUUAAUACGGAAAUAGUAUACCUAAGAUUUUUAAAAUGUAUCACUUAAAUUUAUAAAUUAUAGAAAAAUUAUAUAAAACGUAUUUAUUUGUGAUUGUACUGUAUUAGUAAAAUAAAUGUG